AUGACGAUGAUGGGCAGCUUGGAAAUGUUAAUGAAACGCCUUUUGUUCGCCCUUGGUGGCUUACAUCGUAUAAAAGACAUGGUCUCCAAUCGAUCGGACAUCAGUCGCAGCUCAUCGGCACUCAAGGCGUUUUUUUUUGGAUUUGGUAUCAUCGCAUCAAGUGGAUUAGUAGUCAGCAUGAAGGUCUUCGUUUGCAUGUGUGCUCUGUUCGCUGUGGCCAACGCCGGCUUCCUGGGACUCCUCGGCGGCGGCGGCGGUCUUGGUGGCGGCAGCGGCGGUCUUAGCAUUGGAGGCGGUGGUGGUGGCAACGGAGGCGGCGGCGGUGGUGGUCGCGGCUACGGCGGUCCAGGUCCCAGUGGCCCAGUCCAGGUGGUCAAGGUGAUCCACCAGCAGGGCGGCAGCAGCGGCGGCGGCGUUGGCUACUCCUCCGGCGCUAGCUAUGGCGGUGGCUACAGCUACGAAGCUGCUCCCCAGGUCUUCAAGGUGAAGGUCAUCUCUGGCGGCAGCAGCGGUGGCUAUGGACCCGCUCCCGGUCCCGUUUACUCGGCUCCCGCUGGCCCCGCUCCCUCCUCCGUGAAGGUGAUCAAGAUCCUGCAGGAGUCCGCUCCCGUGGCUGGACCCUCCUCCUUCAUCGGCGGCUCUUCAGGUGGCAGCGGUGCCGUGUCCCAGGUCAUCAAGGUCGUUCACGAGAGCGGCGUCUCGUCGGGUGGUUACGCCUCCGGUGGCUACGCCUCCGGUGGAUACUCUUCGGGUGGAGCCACCAAGGUGGUGCGCGUGAUCCAUGAGCACUCCGCUCCAGCUGUCGGUCCUGCCUAUGCACCCAUCGAUCUGCCCGCUCCAGUGGCUGCUCCAGUGGCUUCUUACCUGCCUCCCCAGGAGAUCGCUGCUCCAGCUCCGGCUCCAGUUUAUGCUGCUCCAGCUCCGGCUCCAGUUUAUGCUGCUCCCGCUCCGGCUCCAGUUUAUGCUGCUCCCGCUCCAGCUCCGGUCUAUGCUGCUCCCGCUCCAGCUCCAGUGUUCUCCGCACCUGCCCCGGCUCCAGUCUAUGGCGCCCCUGCUCCCGCUCCAGUGUUCUCUGCUCCUGCUCCCGCUCCAAUUUACUCCGCUCCUGCUCCCGCUCCUGUUUACUCCGAACCUGUCCCAGCUCCAGUGUACUCCGCACCUGCCCCGGCUCCAGUGUACUCCGCACCUGCCCCGGCUCCAGUGUACUCCGCACCUGCCCCAGCUCCAGUGUACUCUGCACCUGCCCCAGCUCCAGUCUACGCCGCCCCAGCUCCCGCUCCAGUCUACGCCGCCCCAGCUCCCGCUCCCGUCCUGAGCGUGCCACAUCCCGCUCCCGCUCCAGUUUUUGCUCCUGAGGAGCAGUCCCUGCCCAUCGGCCACGCCCCUGCUCAGACCUACGGCCCACCCGCGUACUAG